GUACAGUUCCCCUGCAGUCUCUAUUAAAUAAUAGCGCCGUGUCUACGAGCUCCUACCCUGCAGCGUUCUCUCUCUGUUUCCAGCUAGCAGCGCUUCGUAGCGCUGUUGUGCGUUUGGAGCGGUGGGAAGGGAUUGACCUCGUGCUAAUCUGCUCUUCAGCAGCGCUUCCUCUUGCAAACGGAGAGGGCUCGGUGGCGCGUGUGUGUGUGUGUGUGUGUGUGUGUGCGUGCGUGUGUGCGUGCGUGCACGGGGAGUGUGUGUGGGGAGAUAGACACGCGGGAGUGUGUGCGCGCGGGGAGUGUGUUGGGCGUGCUUCUGCUUUCGUCUGAGCCGGUGGAUGGGCCGCCCGACAGGAAGUGAGGCGCGCAGCUCCAGGGAGGGCCGUCCCGCCCCCCUCCUGCGCGCUCGUCUGUCCCGCCGGCAUCGCUCAGAGCGCACUUCGAUUCGGCAGCCGCAGGAGCGCGGGCGUGGUCUGUGCUGGGCUGGAGUCGCGCUGACGGUGACGGUGAUGAUGGCGAUGACGUCGGCGGCGGCGAUGGUCCCCGCCGCGGGCCCCGUGGCCCUCCAGCGCCGGCGCCGGUCCCCCGCCGUCCUGGCCCUCACCCUGCUGGCCGUCACCUCGUCCUCGUUCUCCGCCCUCUCGCUCUACCACACGCUGGCCCUCAAGGCCGAGGUGGCCGUCCUGCGCACCGAGGUCCUCCGGAGGAGGGAGGAGCAGCAGCAGAGCGCCUCAGCCCCGCUGUCCCGGGACGGAGGAGAGGGCCGGCACGCCAGCGGCGAAACUGAGGCCGGUCCCGGCGAGGCCCCUGCAGACCCGCGGCCCGGCGUUCUGACCCUCCAGAGGAGGAGCGCCGACCGGGGGGCGGUGGGAACAGGCAAGUCUGGGUCCGUCCCGGUUCACACCGGCAAUCUGGUGCUGCGGCUGACUGCCGAUAAACAAGAGAGUUCCGGAAUUUUCUGUUACCUAUCGACCUGCGAUUGGAUAUGUGCCGGCUUUAACCUUUUGACCUUUGACCUGUCCUCUGCAGUGUUGCAGCCGUGUUUGCAGAUGAUGCCAAACAGCAAGAGAAGCCUCACAGAGAAAGAUUCUCACACAGCCAUACCCUGGCAGACUGGUCUGAAACGGGGCUGUGCCCUGGAGCAGGACAGCGACACCAUCCUGGUCAAGGAGGAGGGCUUCUACUUUGUGUACGGGCAGGUUUACUACAUGGAUAAAACAUUCGCCAUGGGUCACAUCAUCAUCCGAAGGAAAAAGAAUGUUGUGGGAGACGAACUGCAGAGUGUGACUUUGUUCCGCUGCAUUCAGAACAUGGACGCACAGUACCCUUACAACACAUGCUACACUGCAGGAGUCGUGAAACUGGAGGAGGGCGAUCGAGUGGAGCUCCUGAUCCCUCGUAAGACUGCCGAAAUCUCCCUUGACGGGGACUCCACCUUCUUCGGGGCCAUCAAACUGGUGUGACUUGUUACCCCUGGCAACCAGCACCCCACUGAGGAGGAAAGUGGGGGGGGUGGGGGGUAAGGGGGGGUUGCCGGUGGAGCUGACACCAGAGCCUGUGCAGCACGGAGACUGGGACAGGGUUCUGAGCUCUAACUGCUGCUCACCAUGCACACAGGAAGUCCCAUGCACUGCACAGGAAGCUGGUUGCUGGGCUGGGUCUGAUGACUAUCUCUGUUGGCAGGGAGGUGUUGGUGGUUUCACAGAAAGCAAUUCACAGUGAACAGAAUAUAAACUGUGCCUCUGCCAGGUUAAUAGGUCGUAUUUGAUUUCAAAAUGCGUUGUUUAUCGAUGGCAUUUCCGUCAUCAGCCUGCCCUGCAUCACCCCUCCCUCUGAACUGAACUGUGUGUUUCGGGUGUUCCUGGCUGUAUGAGUCCUUCUCUUCUUUAACAGAAGGUACACUUUCCCUCUGCGUUCUUCAGUGUGUCACAUUCUCACUCGUUUUAUAGGUCUUUAUACACCCUGGGGCUCAAGAGGAGACAGUGCCAGCAGUUGAUGGUGGCAGUCGGUUGACUGUGGUGUCACUGCAUGUAAUAAUGUAUGGGGUUCAGCCGAUGAAUUGUCACUUGUAUUUUGGUUGCUUUCUGUUGUCUCUGGGAGUGAUCGUCUCAGCUUUUUUUUUUGUAAAUGUGCAUACACAUAUAUUUCAUGUUCUGCUAUGUGCUAUAGAUGGGAGCACCAGGUCCACAGAUGCAGUUGCAAGCCUCUGGCCAGCAGGUGGAAGCAGUGAUCAGCUAUUCCUUACUGCAGCAGCAAGCUGUAUAGGAUGAUAAUGGCGGUUUAAAAAUUGUAUCCCUCAGCUAAAUACCUUUCUCUGCCAUAAAACCUGAAGUACCUUCACAUCCACUCCUUACAUUCACAACACCACAAUUUCAGCUUAAGAGUGACUUUAUUUACAUAAUGUCAAGUAAAACUAGACUCAAUUUUAAGAACCAAUCAUUUUGACUGAACUGUGAUCAAAAUAAAUACGUUUUAAUGA